AUGUCUUUUGACUUAACAGAUCACUCACAUGCACGUUACAAUCCAUUGACUGAUUCUUGGAUUUUGGUAUCUCCACAUAGAGCCAAGAGACCAUGGUUAGGUCAACAGGAGAAACCUGGUAGAAACGAUGCUCCAGACCACGACGAUAAAUGCUACUUAUGUCCCGGUACUACCAGGGCUACAGGUGAGCAGAACCCAGAUUACGAAUCUACAUAUGUCUUCACUAACGGCUAUCCAGCUGUGAAAUUAGAACAACCAGAUCCAGAACUGACGGUGUCGAAUUGCGACGCAUUGAAGGAGAGAUUGUUCAAGUUGAAAGGUGUGAAAGGUAACUGUUAUGUGAUCUGCUUCUCUCCAAAACAUAACCUAAGUUUCCCACAAAUGGCUCAAAGUGAGAUCAUGAAUGUUGUCAAAACGUGGACUAACUUAUUCCAGACUUUGGAGAAAGAAGCCUUGGAAGAGAACAAGCCUUAUAAAUAUCUACAAAUUUUCGAAAAUAAGGGUACUGCUAUGGGUUGCUCUAAUUUACAUCCUCAUGGUCAGGCUUGGUGUUUAGAUUCCAUUCCAAGCGAACCUGCAAAAGAGUUUGACCACUUCGAGAAAUAUGAACAUCAACAUGGUGCUCACUUGUUGGAAGAUUAUGUCAAUUUAGAACUUCGCGAAAAGGAAAGAAUUGUGUGCGAAAAUGAUUCUUUCUUGGUUGUUGUUCCAUAUUGGGCCGUUUGGCCAUUCGAAACCAUGGUCCUCUCAAAACGUCGCAUCCCAUCCUUGAAUCAAUUUACUGAUAAAGAAAGGGAAGAUUUAGCAUCUAUCAUCAGAAACUUGACCAUCAGAUAUGACAAUCUCUUCGAAACGAGUUUCCCAUACUCCAUGGGUCUUCACCAAGCCUCUCUCAACGCUACCGAAGGAGAAUUGAAAGCCGCUUGGUUCCAUAUGCAUUUCUAUCCACCAUUGCUAAGAUCGGCCACUGUGAGAAAGUUCUUAGUAGGGUUCGAGUUAUUAGGACAACCACAAAGAGAUUUGACUGCUGAACAAGCAGCAGAUAGACUCAAAGCCCUAAGUGGUGAAGUACAUUAUUUAGCAAAACUUGAGCAGGAAGAAAGCAAAACUUGA